UGUUUUUUUUUUCUUUUUCGGCGCUUUUAUUUUUGCGGAAGUAGUACUUUAACCGAGGCUCUUAUUUUGGAGACGCUGACAGGAAGUGUGCGUGUGGUGUCACUGCGGUGGGCUCGACGUGACGUGUGUUUUCUGUGCCCCGGGGCCACAGGCUUUUUCAUCGGGACUCACUCGGGACUCACUCGCUCCUCUGUCGGACUCACUCGCCAUGGCCGCUUGAUACGGGGCUGAAACACUCCCCCCCUCCUCCCCGUGUGUGUGUGUGUUGUUUUUUCAUUCUUCUUCGACGUUUACACAAACUUUUUUCUCCAGAUCAACUCUCGUGUCUUUGCAUGUGCAGGGACGAGGAUGCAACCUCCACCGAGAAAGGUCCGGGUCACCCAGGAGCUGAAACACACUCACGCGGAGCAGACGAGCAGAUUACACAUCAAACACCAGGCGGAGUGCGACCUGCUGGAGGACCUGAGGAGUUUUAGCCAGAAGAGGGCAGCUGUGGAGAGAGACUACGCCCAGGCGCUGCAGAAACUGGCCAAUCAGUAUCUGAAGAGGGAGUGGCCCGACAGUCCCACAGAGGAGCAGGAAGACCACAGGAACAUGUUCUGUGUGUGGAGGGCCUACCUGGAGGGCACAGUCCAGGUGACCCACUCAAGAAUCGCCACCUGUGAGAACUACAAGGUCCAGGUUGCUGAGCCGACCAAGACGGCCCGGCUGCAGAAGGAGCAGCAGCUGAGGAAGUGCGUUGAGCAGCUGACGGCGGCGCAGGCCGAGCUGCAGGAGUCGGUGAAGGAGCUGACGAAGAGCAGGAAGAAAUACCAGGAGGCCGAGACGAUGGCGCAGGCAGUGAGAGAGAAGGCCGAGCUGGACGCCAAGUCCAAGUUAAGUCUCUUCCAGUCCAGGUCCAGUCUGCAGAGGGCAAGUGUGAAGCUCAAAGCCAAGCGGAGCGAGUGUAACUCCAAAGCCACUCACGCCAGAAACGACUACCUUCUCACGUUAGCGGCCGCUAACGCUCACCAGCAGCGCUUCUACGACACGGACCUUGUGGACUGCAUCAAGGUGUUGGACGGCAGGAUCUACGAGCAGGUGAAAGAUUACCUGGCGUCUCUGUGUGAGACGGAGCUGGAGACGUACCAGGCCGUGCACGACACCUUCAGCCAGCUCCUGAGCAGCUCCAAUGGGGUGCUGCAGGAGUUUCACCAGCAGCUGUUUGCUCAGAAGAACGCCGUGUUCCAACAAGCCCCCGACUUCCUGUACCAGCCCAUCGACUCGGAUACGGUGAUGCAGCUGCAGAAGGAGAGCGGGACGUCGGAGGAGCACAGUCUGGACAAGGAGGCGAGGAAAUGGGCGAGUCGCGUGGCCCGAGAGUACAAGAGCAUCAUCCACACACAGAGGGCGCUGGAGGAUUAUGGGACGCAGGAGUCGUCGGAGCAAAACAACAGUGAGCUGGAGACGAAGAUGGAGGUCGCCAGGCAGAGUCUUCGGAGGGCAGAGACGGUGAAGGUGAAGGCAGAGGCUCGUCUGGACCUGCUGCGGCAGGCGGGGGUCGCCGUGGAGACGUGGCUGAAGAGCGCCAUGAACCAGGUGAUGGAGGAGCUGGAGAACGACCGCUGGAACAACCUCAGCACCCACGAUCCUUCGCUCUCUGGGACGGCAGAUCUGGAGCGGGAGGACGAGGAGGAGAUGGAGGACAGCGGUGAAGUGUUGGACGACAGCAGCUCCAGUCCGUCCAGCACCUUGAAGAACUAUCCCCUCACCUGCAAAGUGCUCUACUCCUACAAGGCGUCUCAGCCUGAUGAACUGACCAUCGAGGAGCAGGAAAUCCUGGAGGUCAUCGAUGACGGAGACAUGGAGGACUGGCUCAAGGCCAGAAACCGCAGCGGACAGAUCGGCUACGUCCCGGAGAAAUACCUGCAGCUGCCGUCGUCCAACAGCCUGCUGAGCAUGCUGCAGUCUCUGGCCGCGCUGGACGCCCGCUCGCACUCCUCCAGCAACUCCACCGAACCCGAGACCGAGCUGCCGACCGCCUCCGUCAACGGAGACUCCAGCGUGUCGUUCGCGAAGGCGCUGUACGACUACGCGGGACAGACAGGGGACGAGCUGUCGUUCCCCGAAGGCGCCAUCAUCCGCAUCCUGAGCAGAGAGACGCACGAGGACGACGGCUUCUGGGAGGGAGAGUUCAACGGCGUCGUGGGCGUCUUCCCCGCGGUUCUGGUGGAGGACCUCACGGGCGGUGGCGGGGGCGGCGGCAGCGAGAACGGAGACGGACAGAGAGACGCCCAGGCCUCCCCGUCCCCCUUGGCGCAGUGCGACCGCUCCCCUCGCAGUCCCUUCCAGCCGGGGCCCCUCCACAGCAGCCCCCUGCAGACGCCCACCGUGUCCUCCCCUCUGGCGAGCCCCUGCAGCGCCACCGCCUCUCCCAUUGGCCGACCGCCCGCCUAUCACAACGGACACCACAGGCCGCCGCCAGCGCCGCACAACAAGAGCCCCUUUCAGAGUCCAGUACAAGGUUCCACACAACCGCCCAAAUACCCAGAGAGCGGAUCAGGAACCAUCCGACCCGUCCGCGCUGCUCCUCCGCCCCCGAAGCAGCAUCCUCGUGGGCAGGUGAAGCGGCGGGAGGAGGUGGAGAUCACGCUGGUGUGAGGUCGGCGCCCGGGUGGUGACGGCGACGGCUCCGUUCAACAACCAGCCGGGAUCCGAGCGCACUCCCACAGGAAACUGUUCCUGCUCUGACAUUAGAUCAUGUUGCUCUUUUGUUUCACCUGCCACCAGAUCAACAGUGACUUUGUUGCUGCCGCAACACAAGGUGCAACACAUUGUGGACGGUAACGUACAUAGACAGGAAACUUAGACCCCGCCCCCCUGAAGACGCCCGUCGGCCGGGAGACGCCCUUCCCCUCCGCCCUCACAGGCUGCGGAGGAACACUGUGCCUUUCGUGUUUCGCUUCUUCUCCUUGUUCAGUUUUCCCCGUUUCUCCCAGGGUUUUGUCAACGUUGCGUUGAGCGAAAUUCUUCCUGUCGAGUUACUUGCGCGAGAACACAAAGAUUAACGCGCGUGAACGCGAAUUCUUAUCGAUGUUGUAGGAACGAUGUCACACGUCACCCACGAUCUCACAGGUCUUUCCCUCUUUAUUCCCAUGAAGCUGUUUCUAUGCAACAGGUGUUAAUGUUCGGCCUCGUGUUGUGAACACGUCGCCGUUCAUACGCAAACCAAAAGUGCGGCCGUCUCCGCGCUCGAUGGAAGCGCCAGCGGCAGGCGAGGCUGGUCCUCGCCGCCGACACACGGACGGCAACAAGCGGCUACGCAAACAAGGGAAAAGUGGCAAUUUUAGUCGAGCGACCGUCGUCGUCGUCAGUAGAGGAGAAUCUCCUAGGAAACGUUUGAUCAAAAAGGAGUAAUAAGCAUUUUGACAGUUCGUGCUUCGAACCCCCUGCUCCUUGUCUGUUCUUUGCACCGAGCGCGAGGAAGCGCCUGAGCGUUCAAAAGGGGCGGUAAGCGAUUUCAAUCCAAUACACUUUGUUGAUCAAGUUCAGCGAAUAUCUCAUCGCGGUCCGCUGAUUCAAAACAAAAAAAAAAAUGGUGCAGACCGCACCACACAACACUGUGUGUUCAGUCUGUAAACAUCACGCGUUGACACCUUAAGAGACGUGCUAGCCACGGGCGCUACGACUGCGCUCAGGGGUUUUGGCCCCGUGGUGAGGGGCAGGAAGCGGUUUUGGAGAGAGCUUGUUUCUCUCUUUGUUGUUGUUGUGAUGUUGCUGCUCUGUCCAGGCGACUAUUAGCAGGAAACGUGUUUUGCUUCAGAAUCGCUCGCCGCCCCUUUAAGGGAGCGACGUAGUUCGACAGUAAAUACCUAGUCUGACUCUUCUUUUUUUCCCCUCUUGUGCUGUAAUAAAUAAAGACCUAGAAAGUGUUAUUAUGACUCAGUGAAGUUUGACUGGUCCGUCGAGGAGCAGGUCGCAGUCGGUGACGGUUGAACACUGUGCAGUCUAACAAACACGCCUUUAUUUCUUAAGGAGGAAACCAUCCCGAGCUGCUAGCUAGUCCGAUAAAAAGAAUAAGAAAAGAAAAAAUGUAAAAAAUCUAUACUGUCAUAGUGAAGCACUUUUUGCCGUCUUCUUAUUCCUCUUCAGUAUUUGUGGAUGCUUCGUUGUUUUGUUCAAUAUUUCUCGUGUGCCGUUUUUUGUUUACCUGAUAUAUUGGUAUGAAUACGUUUAUCGGCUCUCGCGUUAUUUAGCCUUUAAUAGCCCUCGUAGUGUCUUCGGUUGAGACGUGACCCUCUGAUCGUAUUGUUUUUGAAAUAUUAAUAGUUUACAGAGAGCUUGGAGAUGGAUAUCUGUACAAACAAUAGCACAGCUUUUGUUUUUGUUUGUGUUUUUUUGUUGUUUCUUAUAGAAUUAGGAUAAAAACCUAUAAGAGCGUAGUGGGGCUGGAUCAGAGGAAGAGAGAGAGAUAUCCGUCAGCCGCGUCGCUGUGUUCCCGUUGAUCUCCUUGAGAUCUGAAUGACAUCAAACUUAUUUUUGAAGUUUGCAUUUACCCUGUUGUAUUAACAAAAAAAUUAAAAUUAAAAAUACAUUUUUAAAAAAAGGAGAUCUUUUCACAACAAGAGAAGUUGUUUUUUGUUUAACUUGCUACUGGUCCUGGUUCCACGCUAAGUCUGACGCUGAACUGUCAGUGACGCUGAACUGUCAGUGACGAACUGCCUUGUCGAGUGUCAUUUACACACCGGUGGAUGUUUAACUGUAUUUAUUGUGUACAAAUAAAUGUGAAAUAAAGAUAGCUUACCUGAAACAA